CGUUGCGUCAUCAGAGCGCGACCGCAGCUUCAGAAUGCUGACAUGGCCGCGUCCAUCGAGCCGAGACUCACUUUAUGCAUCUGUCUCGUCUUUAUUUCGGGCUUUCCUGCGGUCUCCGCGCUCAUUGAGGGACUGUACUGCGGGACUCAGAGUUGUUACGACGUGCUGGGAGUUUCGCGUGAAGCCAGUAAAGCGGAGGUCGGACGCGCGUACCGCCAGCUGGCCCGGAGAUAUCACCCGGACAGAUACCAGCCCGGAGAGAGCGACGACUCCCGCGAAACCGCGCAGCAAAAGUUUCUGCUCGUCGCGACCGCUUACGAGACACUCAAGGAUGAAGAAUUACGUAAGGACUACGACUACAUGCUGGACCACCCAGAGAAAUACUAUAGCCACUACUACACCUACUACAGAAGAAGACUUGCUCCCAAAGUAGACGUUAGGAUAGUGAUUCUCGUAACUAUUUGUGCAGUCUCACUGUUUCAGUAUUACAGCUGGUGGAGUAGCUACACAGAAGCCAUCAACUACCUGAUAACCAUUCCCAAAUACCGCAUCCAGGCUACUGAACUGGCCAAGCAGCAAGGUCUGCUGAAUAAAACCAAAGAGAAGGGCAAGAACCGGCGCUCCAAAGAGGAGAUCCGUGAGGAGGAGGAGCUGAUUAUCAGAGACAUCAUCAAGAACAAGAUAGACAUCAAAGGUGGCUAUCAGAAGCCCAAUAUAUCUGAUAUUCUGCUUUGUAAAAUCAUUCUGUUCCCAUACCAUCUGUGCACUUAUGUGGCGUGGAACUGCUCGUGGUUUUACCGUUUCAUCAUUCGCGGGGAGGAGUAUGGGGAUGAGGAGAGACUUUACAUUAUCCGCAGGUACAUGAAGAUGUCACAGGCUCAGUUUGAUAGUCUGGACAACAGCCUGAUAGAGACUUUCCUGAAGCAGCAGCUCUGGAUCAAAGAGAAUUAUGAGGCCUACAGAGAGGAGCAGGAGGAGGAGAUGAAGAUGAAGAUGGCCACAGACCCACGAUGGAAACGCUACAGGCGCUGGAUGAAGAGUGAGGGGCCUGGACGCAUCACUUUUGCUGACGAUUGACCUCACAUGCACAGAGCACCGUCCCAGAUGCAUGUCUAGCCUGAACAGCCUGAGCUCACGUGUGUGUAAUUACACACAGCCCUGUGCGCCCUUGUUUACAAUCGACUGACAAAUGUGCACGUCAUCUACAAGGCUACCUUUUCUUAUAGACUAUAAAGGCUUUUUGAUUGUACCUGUGGAGGAUCAUUUGAUUUUUCUGUCAUUGCAUAGGAGGAAGAGACUGUUGGAAUCAUAAAGAAAAAUAACUGUGUAAUAACAUUGUGUUUUACCAGGAGAAAUAUGAUCACAGGCUAUAGAAAACCCCUUUGUUG